AUGGUUGUUCCACAAUCUCAAGUAGCAUCAAAUGAAUCUAGAUUAGAACUAGAUAAAAAUAAGAAGAAUUACAUUAAUACAAUAACUCUAUCAAAACGUUUAUCCGAUCGUUAUUCAGGUCAUCAUUCAUUACAGAAUAUAUUUAAUCCUGAAUCAUGUCGUUUACGUGAUAAGUAAGAUAAAAUGAUUUUUAAACCAAAUAAAUUUUCCUUCGUCUAGAUUUAAACAAAUGU